CGUCCUUUUAUGACAGGCAUGCGACAAGGUCCUUGGUAACGCGAAGUGGCGCGACCCCGAGGCGUUGGAGCACUUGUCGCAAGAUACACCUAAUCCUACACUCUCGCGUAAAUAAAAAGAAACCACGCUCUACUAAAUAAUACUCGUCGACCCUACCUGCCGAAUCGGUAAGGCGAUGGCCAAUACGCAACUCAUGCAAGAGGAACUACAACAAAGUGUAGUACUAUCCGAAGAGGAUGCCGAGUUUGAGGAGGAUCUACCAGACACUAUGAUGGUAGAUAACAGCGGCCCCCUACCCUCGGGCAACUCAGGGGAUUCGGCCUAUAUAGUAGCCAAUCAUGUUGUACCAAGUUACAGUAAUGAUAGCACUGUGGGUGCCGACAUGGUACCCGUAGACGAAACGGCUUCGCACUACGCAGAAGGAGGAUUAGAUGGUGUGCCAGCUAGUGGUGGUGAAGCUGGUGAUCACGAUGGUGAGACCUCGGUCAGCGAUGGUGACAUCCAUGACGAUGACGAUGCCUCUGAUGUUGACGCAGAAGGAGAGGACGAUGACGAUGAAGAUGAAGACGAAAACGAGGGCGUUGGCGCCGUAAAGAUCAAACCUGGUCAUGAAGAGAGCGAUAGUGAUGAUGAUAGCAGCCUGGGGUCAGGCUCCACUCGGGAAUCAACAGAAUGGGAAGAAGUUGUCGAAAAUGAUGACGAAGAAGAAGAGGAAGACUCUGAUGCUGUUGACCCUAAUAACUGCAUAUUCUGUAAAAAGGCCGAGGAACACGAUCCGGGACCAGAAUUUGAGGCCCACCUUGCAUGCAAGAAAUGUGGUGAACAUGCUCACCAGCAAUGCGCCCGCGAAGAAGGAGCACUUGACGAUAAAAACAAUGCAUCGAUUUGGAGAUGCCCAGACUGCGCUGCUGGUGAUUCAGGAUCGGACUCGGAAGCGCCUUUCGAUCGCGAGGAAGCAGAAGGCGAUCAUGAUAUGGAACUAGAUGGUGCCGAUGAUAGUGAUUUAUCCCCUACUGCGACUAGUCUAUCAACCGCCCCUAAACUUGCCCGAGAUCUACUCCCUUCUCAACGCGGCAUGAAUAAGCCAGAUUCGCUACUCGACGGAGACCCUAUGGAUGGCUCGCGAGUCCUACGAAAAAGGAAGACGUCGUCACCUGAGGCGGAGGUAGACAUAGAGGAAGUAAUGUCGCUACGUAAGCGGAGAAAAAAUACCUCUGAUGAAUCUGCCCAAGACGAAGCUAUACAGGACACAGCAAAUUCGGCAGAAACGUCAAGCAGACCAAGGUCAGGGCGUGCCCUGCGACACAAGGCAUCAAGCUCGGAGGCUCUGUGUACGAUUGUUAAGAAGUCGCGCUCUAGCCUGCUGGUAAAGAUGCGGGUGAGCGCUACGGAAUUACAUAAACUUUCACACAACUCAAGAGCCCGGAGGAAACGAGCUGGCCGAGCAACUACAUCCCGAUCAUCUCGUUCAUCCAGAAAUGUCGCGUCAACACGAGCUGCGGCUGUUGCAGAACCACCCCCAAUUACACCAUUCUUUCCUUCCAGCUAUUCUCAACCAUUUUACUCCUUUUAUGAUAAAGAACCAGAUGAGCUUAAGGGCAAGCCAUACGGUGGAAUUCUAAGCGAGGAACAAGCGGAUACGACGAAGACGCUGCCUACUAAAGAUGACAGGCGACGGUUCGAUGAAGCGAAACAGAAGGCGGAAGAAGAAUGGAGGAAUAGAUUGCUUACGAUGCAAGCCGAAGCCGAGGUACCAGUAAAGAAGUCACGGAAGGCUUCUGGUCCCGCAAGCCAGAUUGAAUGCAUCGAAUUUGGCGGCUGGGAAAUAGACACCUGGUAUGCCGCACCGUACCCCGAAGAGUAUAGUCGCAACCGAGUCCUAUACAUUUGCGAAUUUUGCUUAAAAUACAUGAACUCGGAUUAUGUUGCCUGGCGACACAAGCUCAAAUGCGCCGCAAAGCACCCUCCUGGCGAUGAGAUAUAUCGACAUGGCUCAGUUUCCUUCUUCGAGGUUGAUGGUCGAAAAAAUCCAGUAUACUGUCAAAAUCUCUGCCUUCUAGCCAAGCUCUUCCUCGGCUCUAAGACGCUGUAUUACGAUGUUGAGCCGUUCCUAUUCUACGUCCUUUGCGAGUACGACGAUCUAGGUUAUCAUUUUGUCGGCUACUUUUCCAAAGAAAAGCGUGCGAGUAGUCAGAAUAAUGUGAGCUGCAUCCUCACAUUGCCUAUCCAUCAGCGAAAAGGUUACGGUCAUCUGCUUAUCGACUUCUCCUAUCUUUUAACAAAAGUAGAGGAGAAGACCGGCUCUCCUGAGAAGCCUCUAUCUGAUAUGGGCCUCGUAUCGUAUCGAAAUUAUUGGAGAUUAGUCAUGUGCAAGUACCUCAUUGAACACAUGCCUGAAAACAAGUUGCAGAGGAAGGGCCUGAGCAUUAGACAGAUAUCAGACGAUACAGGAAUGACCCCUGAUGAUGUUAUCUCAGCCCUCGAGGCACUCCGUUUCCUCGUUCGAGAUCCUGUCACUCAAGUCUACGCGUUCCGGAUUGAUAUAUCCUAUUGUCAUAAAGAAGUUGCGAAAUGGGAGGCAAAGAAUUACGUUAAGCUGAUUCCCAAAAAUCUCACAUGGAUGCCUUAUGUCAUGGGCCGUAGCAACGCUACAAAUUUCGAGUUAGGGCCAGCCCUUAACACGAUCGCUCCCCGCGAAGAGGACGAAGAGGUCAAAGCUGUCCAGACCCUGGCAGAGAGCGGCAUUGCGACCGGAGAUUUCGCUAUCCCGCAGCCUACCAGCCAGAAACCACCUCUAGGCGCCGAAUCAUCCGUCCUCGAAUCGACGGAACCAAAUGAUAAUGCCAUUAUCGAGCCCCCUGAGGAUAUAAAACCCAAUGGUAUUGGCAAGGAAAACGCAAAUGCUUCUGCAAGCCGGUCUGAAGACCCAAGUACUUCGGUUGGUGCUACUGCUCCUGCGAAUAUUCCAGACGACGAGAACGAUUGGCUUAAGCCAUACGAUACUAUCCCAACCAACAGAUUCCAAGUUUUCCCUCCGAUAAAUAACAGGCGUACGGCCAUUUCACGCCUCAACUCGAGUAUUGCUAGACCGCCUCUGCCGCGCAUCCCACCUCCAAGCUCGCGACGAACUGUACGACCCAAAGCUCGUCGCUCAGCAGCUGGCGGCUCUGUUCGGAAGUCGGCUCAGAAGACAACUUCAGGUAAACGUAAGCCUGGCGGCACCGGCCGUGGACCCGGUCGGUGGCCAAAGGGUACCAAGAAGAGUGAUUAUGGCAACGCGGAUAGCGGUCCUGGUUUACCACCGGCGUGGGUUGAGCGAAAGCGACUAGCAGAUCUAGCCACUACAGAUGAAAAUGACACCCAAGACACCGUCCAGGUGCAAGUCACAGAGGCCAGCAAGAAUCAGAAGGGCAAGCAAGUCGCAUCCUUCUCUGCCAAAUUUGAUGCCACAGCUGAUACUGCAACCAACAGCGGAGCCGCGUUGCCCGGCGAUGCUGAUGUCGAUGUGGAUAUGAGCGGAGUUGGUAGCUACCAAGAGGACGUAGGUGCAGAAACAAUAGAGACGUAGAGCGCCGUUUAUAGUCUCGGGCAGGCAUUGCAGUUGUUUGUAUUGUAUUCGAUGCAUAGUCGCGAUAGGUUUGGGCGAUUCGUAAAGAAGAUAUUCAUUGAUUCGCGGCACCGCGAGCUUAGGGAAUGUACAAAGCCAAGGGAACGGCGUAUGGCGAAGAAAUUUAGUUG